CGGCAGGGUUUCUGUUUCCCCGGCUUCUUUCCCUCGCUGCCCCGAUCCCCGGCACGAGAUGGCUCUGCCAGUCUCGCCGAAUCUGGCGGAGAAGCUGGUGUGCUCCAUCUGCCUGGAGCUCUUCACGGUGCCCGUCACCUUGCCCUGCGGCCACAACUUCUGCGAGCGGUGCAUCGGCGACCACAGGAGCAAGCAGGAGCAGGCGGCCGCCGGGGCCAAGCGGGGCUACCCGUGCCCCGAGUGCCGCUGGAGCUGCGAGCCCCAGCUGGAGCUGAAGAAGAACGUGACCCUGUGCAGCGUGGUGGAGCUGGCGCGGGCGGGCAAGGCGUGGGUGCAGCGGUGCGAGGUGGCCGACGGCGGGCUGUGCCCGCGGCACGGGCGCCCGCUGGAGCUGUACUGCGAGGAGGAGCAGCGGUGCAUCUGCUGCGUCUGCACCGUGCAGCAGUGCCAGCGGCACCGGCGGGCGCUCUUCGAGGACGAGCGCUCCAGGAAGCAGGCCCUUCUGGAAAAGUCCCUGAAAGAAGCCCAGGAGGAGUCGGAGAAGAUCGAGCGGGCGUUGCAGGAGCUGGAGGAGCGAACGCAGAGCAUCAAGGACUCCUCCGAGGGGCUCAGAUCAGUGAUCCUGAGCAAAUUCACCCACCUGGAGAAAGGCCUGGAGGCUUUCCGGUGUCAGAUGGUGGCCAAGGUCGAGCAAGAGCUGGUGGCGGCGCUGGGGCGGGUGGAGGAGGACUCCAGCACCCUGAAGGAUCACCUGGACACCCUCAGACAGCACCAGGAGCAGGCACGGCACCUGCUGGCCUGCACCGCGGACCACAGGACCUUCCUCGAGGAAUUCCCCCUGCUCCCGGCCUGGGAGAGCCUGGCGGUGCCGCCCCCGGUGCAGUUUGACGCGGCCGGUGUGGUGGAGCCCGUCAGCGAGAUCCUCGCCGGCAUCUCCCGGCUCCUGCUGGAGGAUUUGCCCAAUGCCGUGGCCCCCAAAGCCCCCGACCCCGUUGUCCCAGGCCCGGUGCAGCCCAAGGGGACAGAGAUGAAGGCGGCGACCCCUCUCCCCAAGUGCCAGAUCCGAGCUGAGCUUCUGAAGGACCACCGCAACCUCACCUUCGAUCCCGACACGGCCAACAAGUACCUGGAGCUGUCGAAGGGCCACCGGCGAGCCAAGCACGGCACCGGCGCCGCGGGCGGGUGGCAGGAGCGGGGCAGCCCCUUCGAGCCCUGGCAGGUGCUGUGCGUGCAGGGCUACAGGCAGGGCUGCCACUACUGGGAGGUGACCAUCUCCAGCCACUCCGUCAUCCUGGGGGUGACAUACCGCAGCCUCCCCCGGCAGCAGCUGCCGGGUCACAAGUUCAGUAUCGGGCUGGACGGGGGCUCAUGGGGGCUGCAGGUGCGGGAGGACAGCUACCUGGCCUGGCACAAGGGCCGGGAGGAGAAAAUCCAGCAGCGGCUCUACGCCGAGCUGGGGGUCCGCCUGGAUUACGGCCGGGGGCUGCUUUCCUUCUACGGGCUCGGGGAGGAGACGCAGCUCAUCCACUGCUUCCACGCCGUCUUCACCGAGCCGCUCUACCCCGUCUUCUGGCUGUGCGAGGGCCGCACCAUCACGCUGGGCCACAGGGACUGAGCCCCAGCCGGACCCCUGAGCACCGUACCUGGGGCAGGAUGGGGUACGGUGACUUUAAUGAGAGCCCGAGAGGCCAGGCAUCCAAAUCAGCCCCGAUUUGCAUAUGCAAAUAGCCCAAUGGUGACACAUGAGAGGGAGAAGGUGCACUGGUAGCGGUGAUGCCCUUGCAGCGGGAUGAAGGCCCGGCUCGCUGUGCAGGGGUGCAAGGCCGUGCUCCUCCUCUUCUUACCCUCCUGGCAAAAGCCCCCAGGCCUGGAGAUUUGGGGUGGGGGGACCCAGGUGCUGCAGGCAAGCUGGUGCAGGUCCCCAGCCCUCCCUAUGUCCCUUUGCUGCUCUCGGAGGUGAUAGAGCCACUUUUUGGGGCACUAUGCUGCAGCUGCUCUUUGUAAGACGCCGCUUUCCCCAAUAAAGUGCUGGUUUUCUA